AUGCCACCUAAACCCAGUAAGCCGAUCGCGUUAACGUUGGAACAGAGAGUAGAGGUCAUUAAAAAAUCAGAGAAAGACAAAUUGAGUGCUAGAAAAAUUGCUGAACAUUUCGGGGCGGGUAGAACUCAGAUUGAUGGCAUUUUAAAGAGAAAAGCGGAGAUGUUGGCAGAUUAUGAUAACAACCAGCCCUCUGACAGAAAAGGGCAGAGAAAACUUACAGGCAAUGAGGAUAUUAACAUGUUGGUUUGGAAAUGGUUCCAAGAUGCCACUGCUCGUAGAAUAAAUGUCAGCGGUCCACUGAUUAAGGAGAAGGCGUUAAAAUUUGCCGAAGAUUUGGGAAUAGCGAGUUUCAAAGCGUCAAAUGGGUGGCUGGAUUCAUUCAGGCAUAGGCACAACAUCGUCGCAGGUACACAAAGUGGGGAGCGAGGUGACUUCUUUAGCAAGUGA